GUAAAUGUGAACCACUCACACCUGGCUCGUGGUUGGGGUCUGGAGCGGACCCCAACGCUCCCUGGCGGCCUCGGGGUGCCCGGCGGGCGGCUCCUCCCCACUGGCGGCGGAGAGACACGGGGCGGGGCACGGAGCCCCAGUCCAGCCGGGCCCUGCCCAGUCCUCGCCAGCGCCCGGAGGCCCAGGCGGAUCUCACGGUCCCGAACAGCGCAGGUCCCAGAAGCUGGGGUUUCCCCUCAGCCCUUGAGUGGCCAUGUCCAAUCCCACUGCCCCACCUCCCUAUGAGGACCACAACCCCCUGUACCCUGGCUCUCCACCUCCAGGCGGCUACGGGCAGCCAUCUGUCCUGCCGGGUGGUUAUCCCGCCUACCCUGCCUACCCUCAACCUGGUUACGGUCAUCCUGCUGGCUACCCACAGCCGGUUCCUCCCGUCCAUCCAAUGCCCAUGAACUAUGGCCAUGACUAUAAUGAAGAGGAGAGAGCAGGAAGUGACAGCUUUGGUCCUGGAGAAUGGGAUGACCGGAAAGUCCGACAUUCCUUCAUCCAAAAGGUGUACUGCAUCAUUUCUGUCCAGCUGCUCAUCACUGUGGCCAUCAUUGCAAUCUUCACCUUUGUGGAACCAGUCGGCAAAUAUGUGAGGAAAAAUGUGGCUGUGUACUACGUGUCCUAUGCUGUCUUCCUUGCCACCUACCUGACCCUUGCCUGCUGCCAGGGACCCAGGCGCCGAUUCCCAUGGAACAUCAUCCUGCUCAUCAUCUUUACUUUGGCUUUGGGCUUUGUGACAGGCACUAUUUCCAGUAUGUAUGAAACCAAAGCUGUCAUCAUAGCAAUGAUCAUCACCGCUGUGGUAUCCAUCUCUGUCACCAUCUUCUGCUUUCAGACUAAGGUGGACUUCACCUCGUGUACAGGCCUCUUCUGUGUGCUGGGAAUAGUGCUGACGGUGACCGGUAUUGUCACAAGCAUAGUGCUGAUCUUUAAAUAUAUUUACUGGCUCCACAUGGUCUAUGCAGCUCUGGGGGCCAUCUGUUUCACCCUGUUCCUGGCUUAUGACACACAGCUGGUCCUGGGGAACCGGAAGCAUACCAUCAGCCCGGAGGACUACAUCACAGGCGCCCUACAGAUCUACACAGAUAUAGUCUAUAUCUUCACGUUCGUGCUCCAGCUCGUAGGAAGUAGAGACUGAGAGAAAGAGAGAUGUCCCUUUCACUGGCCUGGGACUCGCCCUUUCCUAUUGGGCUGGGCCCUAGAUCCCGUCUCCCCUCAAGUAAUCUGCUCAGUUUCCUCUCUGUCCUGGAGAUGGGAGGACCUCUGGCUGUGUUCUGUGAGAGCCAUGAUACUGGGAUCACUAGCACCUCUUAGCCCUUGGCGGGCUUGGAACUAGUCUGAAGGUGUAUCUCCUUCCCUUUACCCACAACGAGUAUGCACCAAACUGUGUGUGUGUGUGUGUGUGUGUGUGUGUGUGUGUGUAGGGGAGGAGGGAGCCUGUGAACUCAGGCGUUCUGAGGUGAAGAGGCUCCCCUCCCACCUCGGCUACAGGGUUCUAGGCUAGGAGCUGGUGCUGUCCCCCUCCUGGAUCCAAUAAAGCCAGAUGCUUUGCCUCCAGCUCCAGUGCUCAGAGACCACUUAAGCUGCCUGAACUCUUUAGGCUUGGCAUCUCUUAGCUUUAGAAGCUAGGAGAGAUCUGUGCCCUGGGGUCUCUCUGUUCCAACCCCAUCUUCCAGUAACAUGUAUCAGUUAUUUAUCUGGGCUUGGGAAAAAGACAAGUGAGCAGAGUUUAUUCAGUAUGGGGGCAAUCCUAGAAUGGCAUCCACCCUGCCUGGCGCCCAGCCUGGCUACCAUCCAGACCCAAAGUGCCUUGGGGCCGUCUGAGGCUUUUAAAAUCCACCUAGAGGGACCUCCUACUUUGCUCUGACACACAGAGGUGGAGGUCAGCAGGUGAGGUGGAUUGUGGGAUUCUGGGUGUGGCUGGGAAGCAGUCUGGGUGAGAGAUAAGUGGGGACAGGGAAAGUGCCUUGGGCACCCUCUCUGGUCUGAGAAACACUGAAGUCUACUCUGGUACACAAGUUCAAUCUGUUCUGUAUUCCCAUUGGGAGACUUGAGACUAAAACCCCCUCUUCAAGCCGGCUGCUGCUGUCUAUGUAAUCCAAGUGCCUCCAGCUGGUACCAGGAUGGGGACAGAAGCUGGUUUAUCAGGUGGGGUAGAAACCUUACUAGCCCAAGGACAUAGAGCUGUUCUGUUCAGUACUUGAUUCUGAAUAUAUCACAAAGGGACACAACUAGAAAUGUAAUAAAGUUUUAUGUUUGGCAGUAAGA